ACCUAUAUUAGGGGAAAACCAGGGUCCUCGGCAUUUUUUUGCGAGCGGUGCACCCAGAAUCCAAAAAGAUUUUUUUAGCCUAGCCACCCCCAAAGCGAGCCUCAACCCCUUCGUUCCCCUGCCGCCAAGCUCGGGGAUCCCUCCAGUGGCCAGCCUCAGUCCAGGGGGGGCUUCGUUUUGGAGGUCAAUUUCCCAUCGAGAUAAAUCUAUUGGAUUAGCAGGAUUAUCUGAUUGCAGCGGCCAAGAAGUAGCGCUGGGCUGGACCGUGUCUGGGGCUCGCCCGAUGGUCGGCUUUCCAUGAAGCAGCCUGGGGAGGGGGGGGGUCGCAGCCCUGGGGAUCGCUGGUGGAACUGGAGGGGGGGACAGCACGAUCGCUAGGUUUGGGAACUGUCUGGGGUGACUUAGGGGGGCGGGGAGAGGGAGAGAGAUAUUGAGGGAGGGAGAGACCCACACACAGAGACCUAGAGAGAAAGAGAGAGAGACGGCCAGGAAGGGGGGGGGGGAGAGAAGGAGAGAGGAGCCCCGGGUUGCAGCUGCUCCAGCCCCAAUAACGCCUGGAACGCCCGAGCCAGGAGCGCCGCGGGGCCGCCACUGCAAACGCCUACUGAACUGGAUAUCCACCUGCUGCUAACUGGAUUUGAUUGAUCAGAGGGGAAUCUAAAAUAAAUGGCUACUCUCAUUGUACCGCUGCUAUGGAAAAUGGAACACCAGAGGCUAAUGGGACAUAGUUUGAUAAAGAACAUCAAGUAAAGAUGUUUCAAUAAGUAUAAAAUCAAUGGAAGAGCCUUGCUCUUUGCAAAGCAUUUGGAGAUUAUCCUGACAGGCUCUCCUGGAAACCUGAGGAAACUUUCCUUCUUCGGCUGUCUCAUUUUUCACAGGUGGAUACAAAUAUUAUUACUUCCUUGUCAACUCCACACCUCAUGUGGGACCAUGGCCCCGCCAAGAUCCAUGUGGCUGAACUGUGCAUGGAAAGCAGGGAUGGCCCAUUUUGUAUUCCGGGGAUUGGAUGCCACGCUGGCCCUGUGCAUCUUUGGAUGUUUGCUUCAGGCCUCUGCUGUGUCCUCACAAAAGUUGGAUGAUGCUGAUCCACUGGUGACGACCAACUUUGGCAAAAUAAGAGGGAUUAAGAAGGAACUCAAUAAUGAAAUCCUGGGGCCUGUGAUUCAGUUUCUCGGGGUUCCAUAUGCAGCCCCACCCACAGGAGAACGCCGUUUUCAGCCUCCUGAGCCCCCAUCCUCUUGGUCAGACACGAGAAAUGCCACUCAGUUUGCUCCUGUUUGUCCACAGAACAUUAUUGAUGGCAGAUUGCCAGAAGUCAUGCUCCCCGUUUGGUUUACUAAUAAUUUGGAUGUAGUUUCUUCCUACGUACAAGAUCAGAGUGAAGACUGCCUCUAUUUAAAUAUCUAUGUCCCAACAGAGGAUGUAAAAAGAAUAUCCAAGGAAUGUACAAGAAAACCCGGCAAGAAAAUUUGUAGAAAAGGAGGUCCCCUUACAAAGAAACAGACAGAUGAUUUAGGGGAUAAUGACGGAGCUGAAGAUGAAGAUAUUCGGGACAGUGGGGGCCCCAAACCUGUGAUGGUGUACAUUCACGGUGGCUCCUACAUGGAAGGCACAGGGAAUUUGUAUGACGGCAGUGUCCUGGCAAGUUAUGGGAAUGUGAUAGUCAUCACAGUCAACUAUCGGCUGGGGGUACUUGGUUUCUUGAGUACUGGAGAUCAAGCAGCAAAAGGGAAUUAUGGACUCCUUGAUCUAAUACAGGCUCUAAGAUGGACUAGUGAGAAUAUUGGAUUCUUUGGUGGUGACCCUUUGAGAAUCACCGUUUUUGGAUCUGGCGCUGGGGGGUCAUGUGUCAACCUGCUGACUUUAUCCCAUUAUUCUGAAGGUAACCGUUGGAGCAAUUCAACCAAAGGACUCUUUCAACGGGCAAUAGCUCAAAGUGGAACAGCCCUCUCCAGCUGGGCUGUUAGCUUCCAGCCUGCAAAAUAUGCCAGGAUGUUGGCUACAAAAGUUGGCUGCAACAUGUCUGAUACUGUAGAGCUAGUUGAAUGUCUACAGAAGAAGCCUUAUAAAGAACUUAUUGACCAAGAUAUCCAACCAGCUCGAUACCACAUAGCCUUUGGACCAGUAAUUGAUGGUGACGUAAUACCAGAUGACCCUCAGAUAUUGAUGGAACAAGGGGAAUUUCUCAACUAUGAUAUCAUGUUAGGUGUUAACCAAGGGGAAGGGUUAAAAUUUGUUGAAAAUAUAGUAGAUAGUGAAGAUGGGAUUUCAGCUAGUGAUUUUGACUUUGCUGUCUCCAAUUUUGUGGAUAAUUUAUAUGGAUAUCCUGAAGGCAAAGACGUUUUGAGGGAAACAAUUAAAUUUAUGUAUACAGACUGGGCAGACCGACAUAAUCCUGAGACUAGACGCAAAACCCUAUUGGCUUUAUUUACUGAUCAUCAGUGGGUGGCACCAGCAGUGGCUACAGCAGACCUUCAUUCAAACUUUGGUUCACCUACAUAUUUCUAUGCCUUCUACCAUCAUUGCCAAACAGAUCAAGUCCCAGCUUGGGCUGAUGCAGCUCAUGGAGAUGAGGUUCCUUAUGUGUUGGGAAUCCCCAUGAUUGGUCCGACAGAGUUAUUCCCUUGUAAUUUCUCUAAAAAUGAUGUGAUGCUGAGUGCAGUAGUGAUGACUUAUUGGACAAAUUUUGCUAAAACUGGUGAUCCAAAUCAACCAGUUCCUCAAGACACAAAAUUUAUCCACACAAAACCCAACCGUUUUGAAGAAGUAGCAUGGACCAGAUAUUCACAGAAAGAUCAACUCUAUCUCCAUAUUGGAUUAAAACCAAGAGUAAAAGAGCAUUACAGGGCCAAUAAGGUGAACCUUUGGCUGGAGCUGGUACCUCAUCUGCACAAUCUUAAUGACAUUUCUCAGUAUACCUCUACUACAACUAAAGUGCCCUCAACUGAUAUUACCUUCAGGCCAACAAGGAAAAAUUCUGUACCCGUCACGUCAGCCUUUCCUACCGUCAAGCAAGAUGAUCCCAAGCAGCCACCAAGUCCAUUUUCUGUUGAUCAACGGGACUACUCCACUGAGUUGAGCGUGACCAUCGCAGUUGGGGCAUCUUUGCUAUUUCUGAACAUCUUGGCUUUUGCCGCUCUCUACUACAAGAAGGAUAAGAGGAGACAUGAUGUUCAUAGGAGAUGUAGCCCCCAACGUACAACAACCAAUGACCUCACCCACGCACAAGAAGAGGAAAUAAUGUCCCUCCAAAUGAAGCACACAGACUUGGAUCAUGAAUGUGAGUCUAUCCAUCCACAUGAGGUGGUUCUCCGGACCGCCUGUCCCCCAGACUACACACUAGCUAUGAGGAGGUCUCCUGACGAUGUUCCCUUAAUGACCCCUAACACCAUUACAAUGAUACCCAACACCAUACCAGGAAUCCAGCCCUUACACACGUUCAAUACAUUUACUGGAGGACAGAACAAUACUCUGCCCCAUCCCCACCCCCACCCCCACUCACAUUCAACAACCAGGGUAUAGCCAGACAAGAUGAAACAAACUCUAUUUUUUGACGGAUUACAGUAAGCAAUUACUGGGGAUUGCUUGGCUUUCAACCUACAAAGACUCACUAUUUAAAUAAGGAGGAAUAUUAUGUGAAUAUACAUAUCAAGAACUUUUGAGGUUUUGAAAAAAAAUGAAUUGUAUAUAGUUACACAAAUGAACUUAAAAACUGAUCUCGAUUGCUUGAAGCAGUUGUUCUGAAUGAUACUUUUUCAUUCGCAUUCAAGUAUUAAUUUUUUGAAGAUUUAAGUUACAUAAUGGAAUUAGGCAUGUGCAACACCAAACAGGAAAGAACUAAGACUGAAAUUUAAAGAACAAAAAAAAUCUAUAAAUAUGCACAAGGGACACACUAAUGGAAUGUCAGAUAAUUUUCACCAGUUUUUAUUUGGAACUGUUUUCUUGUGUAGUCCAUAUUUACUUAUUUGGAUAAGUAUACAAAACACCAGUGCUGUUAACGGCCUUAGUAGAGCAAGGCUCAUGCUGAAACCUGCUGGUCAAACAGCAAAGUGAAGCCUGGCAGGGUCAACAUUUUCACAUAAGUGCUGUCAGUAUAAAUUGGUGGGGGAUCAAGGAAACUGGGGAUUUUUAGCACGACGUGCAUGAUCAUUGAUAUGCUUGGUGGCUGUGCUGCUGAUUAAGCUGCAAUUAAAAUUCUUCUCAUCCCAUUGGAAUUUUUUCAUAGAAGCUUCCUCCAUCAAUUGGCAGAAUCCAAAGAAGAUUUGUAAGGGGGCAGAAGUUAUUGCAAUAGAAUAAUUUAGAGUAGCUUCAGGAAUAAAAGGUGAUAGUUAUGAAAGGUAGCUGAUGAAACUAUAGGGAUAGGGGUGAACACUCACUGAUAUGAAUUCCAGAGAAAAAACAAACAACUUUCUGUAUUUUUAAUGUUCUUUUAUGUUUUCAUCUAAAUAAUUUAUAGAAAUAUUACCCAAAUGGGACUUGUGUUGAAGGAUUUAUAAUUUGCCGUGCUUUGGUUAAAACUGUAUUUCGUUCCUCUUGGUAAGGUGAAGUGUGUCCAAAGAUUUAUUUACAAUGGUAUUUUAUGAUAUAAGGAUGCCCCAAUAUUGCCACUCUGAUUACAGCUCUCAAUUCUUGAUUUACUCAUGUUGCAUGACAAAAUGUUUACUAAUACUAUUUCGAUAAAAAGUCACAUCCCUUUUCACAUUUCAUAUCGUUAUCACUGAAGUCCAUUCACCAGAAUUUGCUGAUGAGAUCUCUAGCUAGCAUCCAGUGUAGGUAGAGAGGUUAGAAGAGGAGAGUCACCCAAACUGGAGGGUUUUAGUCAUUCCUGUAUGUGUGAUUUUCAGCGAUUCUUCCAAGAUAACAGGAAACUCUCCAUCCCCCCCCCCCCCCGCCCCCCCCCCCGUUGUUUACUGGUACCAAUAUAUCACAGACCUUUCCAAAUGUUUGUAUAUGUAAUCAGAUGUACAUUUAUAUUAAAAGAAAAAAAAAACCGAGAUGGACUUAAGAGCACAUCCCUGAUAAAUACUUUCUCUCUGACCUGUACUAUAUUUCUAUUAGACUAAAGUUAUGUGAUUUUUUUUUACAUUUUUUCAGAUUACUAGCAAUUUUGAUAGUUUGUAAGAUAAUGCAAAGAACUUUCUCUGACAAACUAACUGCAGUAACAGAAACAUUUCUUUUUCAGUUACUCUUUUUCAAGAAUGAAAGCUUAUUACACACACACACACACACAAAUUGUAUACUACUUAAUGGAAAUUACUUUGUACUUCUUGGCCAUGUUCCUGGUCACUGAGUGAAAUAAAGAUAAUCUGGAUAAUGAUUAUUAUUCCAAUGCUAAGAGACCUGAAUCUUUGCUCAUUAAAGAGCUAAAAUGUUCCUCGCUGUUUUGUCAUUUUUUUAAAAAAAACAAUAACAAAAGUAACCAUGACAGCUUAAUGAGUCAUCUCUCUGGACCAGUCAGAUUUCUGAAGACCACCAUAUGACUUCAACAAAUUAAUUCAAUUCCACAAAUAUUUAGUGACUGCUUCCUGUGUAUAAGAAAGACCCUGGGUUGGGUGCUGGGUAUGGAAAAGCUGAAAUAAAAUGGUCCUUACCCUCCAAUGACUCACAUUGUCCUACAGGAGAUGCAAUAUAUCAAGAAAUGCAUAAAUAUCAAAUACUUGCAAUGUAAUACAAAGUCACUGCAAGGGGGAGAAGGUGUUAGUCACUGGGAGAGGGGCAUCAGGAAAGGUCUCUUGGAAGAGGUGGCAUGCAAACUGUGCUUUAGAACAAAGAAUUCUAAUAAGGUAUAGGUGAGGAAGGAAGGCAUACCAGAUGAUGGGAGAUAUCCUGGGAGACCAGGUACACUGAAUACAGUUCCUCAUAAAAAGCUUAUGGUGAUGAAUGUAUCACCCUCAGAAAGCAUCCGUGGCAUGGGUCUUCUAUUGUUCAGAUCUAUGUUAUCGAAACGAGCUAAUGCAUUCCUAACUAGAAAUAUGAUGAAAUAAAGGUUCCAUUUUUGGUCAUCUGGGAAGAGGCUGAAUGGAAAUAAAUGGCCUCUGUUUUACGGAAUGGAAAUGUCCUGGUUCAUAAUAGGAGGGCAAUUAAACUUUCAUGUAAUAAUGGAUCGAAAGUUACCCUCCCAAGAGGAUCCAUGAGUACUGAGAAAACCAUUACAACUGACACUAAAAGAUAAAGCCCACCAUUUUGCACACUUCUUUUGGUUUAAUGCUUUCUCAACCACCACCGCCACCCCCCAAAAAGUGUAUGAACCAUUAGGACUUUGUGUGUACAUGGUUUCCUAAUUUUAAAUAAAUGUUUCCAGUAGCAGUGUCAAAUGAAAAACUGUCUUCAAAAUCCAGAGUGGUCCCUAUGCAGUGAUUGCCAUAUGUGAUUGUGCAUUUAGACUGUGAACUAUCAUUGUGAACAGUCAAGAGAAUUGCUUGCCAUCAGAAAUACUGAUUCAUAGGAAGAAUGCAUUUUUUUUCUAUUUUCAUUAUACAAAAAAAUAAAAAUGAAUGCAAACUUUGAAGACAUAAAAUGAGAUCUUAGUAAAUAAAUAUGAUUUUCGUGGGGAGGUUUUUGUAACUUUGGCAGAAUCAAAAUCAUGUUCUGUUAUCUUUUAAUGGUGACCAUAUAUCCAUGUCUCAUAAUCGACCUACUGUUAAUCUCUAUAUAUUUAUGUACCAUGUCAGAUACCUGUUUUACUUCUCUUAUUAUGGAAAGAAAUGGUUUAGAAUAACAAAGCAUGAUUCUACAGUUUUCUUCUUUAGAAUAUUUUUUUUAUUUCUGUUGCCCUGAAGUAUCAUGAUUAUGCAAGAUAAAGACGGCAAAAUUUGGCAAUUGUUUUUAAAAAUCCACAUGUUGCAGAUAUGGUAAAUAAGACUGCAGCUGCUUGGUUAUACUGACAGCCAUGAGUUUUCUGCCAGUAAAAUGGUGUUCUGACUAAACAGAACAUUAAAAAUGUUUUUAAAGUUGAAACACAAAUAGGAGAGUAAGGCAUAUUUUGAAUACUUUUCUUUAAUAUUCAAAUGAAUUGGUGUUAUCAAUGAUAAAGUUACUUCCUCCAAUGAAACAGAUUGGAAUAAGUUAUUAUACUUUAAUUCAUUUAAUAAUAAUUUUCGUUUAAAACAUUGUUUAGAUUUGUUUCUUUUUUAAAAAGCAGUACAACAUGAGCAGCCAAAUAAUGUACUUAAUAUCUUAUUGAACUUAUGACCUUGAUCUGUGUUUUUCCCCUGCUCCAUGGGAUCUAGACUUUGAAAGAUCCUGGGAAGCCAUGGAGACCCACCCUUCCAUUAAUGAGGAAACUGAGGCCAGGAGAAUCUAAGUGGCUUGACUAGAAUCAUAUAGAUACUAAAUAUUUGGGGCAGGAUGUGAACACAGGUCUUCCUGAAUAAAAGUACAUCUAAUCAGUCAAAAAGCAUUUAUUAAGAGCUUACUAUGUGCCAGGCAUUCUGCAAAACCUGGGUUGUGUACCUCUCUAUCCAUUGUUCUCUGCUGCCUCUCAAUGAGAUUCAAGUACAAUUGAGCAGGACUAUUUAGAAAUAAAGUUCAAAAUUUAUAAGUCAAGUAAAAUAUUUCUUUCAUUUCCAUUUUUCUUUAUUAUGUCCAUUUCUUUUCCAAAAUAUGUCAGAAGAUUUUGAGGAUUGUUUUGGAAUGUUCAGGUGGGAAUAGGAAAAAAAAUUUUUUUGCUUGCUUUAGCUUUUGCUAAAUAUGCUAAUGAUUCAAAGUCUAGUUUCAAGUAGCUCUGAUCCUGAAACAGUGGUUAGCAUAUAGUUUCAACUGGUCCUUUGGAUUCAAAAACAUUAAAAUACCUGAUGCAUAACUUGUAGAGUCUGAACUAGCAAUUCAGGGUUGGGAAUCUGAGUAAAACCAUGAUUUUCAACUCAUUCCUGGUUGUAAAUGUCCAGGCUAGAUCUAAUAUUCUAGUCAUGUGUUUUAAGUGGCACAUUUUGAAGUUAGCUGCAGAACAAGGAACUAAGCCAUCUAUAUGUCAUACCUUUCCUAUAGGUAAGCAUGAUGGGAUCAUUUUAUGCUCUAUAAAGCCUUACUUCUCCAAUGUUUCCUCUUUUAAUGAGUGCAUCAUUUAUAUUUAUGCCAAUAUGAAGAAUGGUAUUCCUGAGCAAGUUAAAAGAACCAGAAGAUGUUAUCAAUGUUUCGGAUCUUUAAAUACAGCACUGUGUAGGAAUUACUGGAACUCUUUACCUUGACGAGUUUCACUGAAAUAUUUUUAGAGGCAACAUGGCCAGAGGAAUUCAUAGGAAGCUGUCAGCCAUCAUGACAGUUCUUUGAUGUUUGUAAUUUUGUUUUCUUAUGUGCUAUUAGUUCAAAGUAUUGGCCUUCUCCUCCUUUUCCAGUAAUUAGUUGUUAUAGGCUAUCACUUUUUAAUGUAAGCGAAAAUUAGAUAAUUUGGUGAUACUUGUGAAAACAUGCUCCCAAAUAAAUUCAAUUUAUGGGUACUUCCCUGCUGAGAUUUUGUUAUCAUUCAUCUAAUUAUCUUGUCAAGCUCGCCCUUGUGACAAUUGUUUGGGUUUUUUUAGUCAGUAAACUGAGAGACUUUCUCCAACAACUUCCUUUGCACUUGACAUAAUAGCAGUGCAUGCUUCACAUGCCCAUCUUGAGGUCUCAUCAAAAGUUCCCAAUUGAUAUAAAAUCGACAGUGGCCCCCUCUUGGUCCCUGUUCCUAAGCAUUCUGAUUUGAUUUCAUCCUGGACCUUUAGCUGGAUUUAUAAGCAGGCCAGAAAUUAGCUUCAAUUGACAAGGUAUUUUUUAAAGGGCUGCAUAGAUGAUAGAAUUGACUAUCCAACCUCCUGCUGUGCAUAAGUGCCUUUUUCCUGGGUUUUGUUUAUACUACUGUAGAAUUGAUUUCGUAUUUGCAAAUGCUAUGGAAAUCCAAUUUAGAACGAUGCUUAGAGGAUAACAGUUUUGUAAAGAGCCAAUAAUGUGAGGUGAAUUCUUUUUUAGAAAGGUUUUUCCCCCAUUUAAUUCCUCUUGAUUUAAUGGCAAACAAACCCAGAUCCAUGCUAUUAAAUAGACUAUAUGGUGUUUGGGUAGUUUUGCUUUGUUGUUUUUUAUUCCUCCCGCCCCUACCACCCUUUUAUUUUUGUGUGGCAACUACAGGGUUCUUUCUCCCGCUUCCACUGAAAAGCAACAGAGAUAACUGAUCUGUACACAACAAAGCUGGGAAUGUAGAACCUUUUUUAUAAACAAAUUUUAACUGAUAGUCAACCAUUAUGAAGGUCUAAUCUAAACUACAAGGGAAAUGUUUAAUUUGAUGAGAUGAUAUUUGUUUUUCAGCUCUUUAAGGAGUAAAACAAAAUCAUGGGCUUCCCAGCCCCAUGUAUUUCCCAGAAAAUAUUCCACGUUUCCAUUUCAGGUUACUGACAAAACCCUAGUCCAGCAUUUGAGACCAUUGGAGCCAAAAUACUGGAUUUUUCUGUAUGGAAAUGAAUCGUAGUCAUUAAAGCUUUAAAGGAUAUUUAUACGUACUGUAACAACAAAAAAAAAUCAGCAGAUUAAACUAAUACUAAGGGAGCAUUUACUAAAUGCCUUUGGCAGAGUUGAAAUCUAUGUUACACAGUGUGUUUAAUGGGAUUGUUAGUGUCCUUGAUGCCUCAUUUCCACCAACCAGAAAAGAACAAAGCAUAUGUCAUGAUUUUUUUUUGUAAAAAAUUUUCUAAAAAAUAAAUAUAUAAAAAUGUG